UCUCACUCUAUUUCGUGGGCCCUCGUCGCCGUUGUUUUCAUUUACUUACACCGCAGAGCGGCCUUCGGGUGGGAUUGCGCCUGGUUGCCGGUGGUUCGUUAAGGAAAACGGGCGAGCGUGACGCCCCAACUCCUCAAAAGAUAAAGAAAUGAGUUCAGUUCAGGUAGAGUGAGGGAGAGGUGGCGUUGAUGAAGAGUCGAAAAAGAACUCACUGAGAAACCAGUCUCCAUUUCUAGAAAGGCCACUGCGCACAUCAAUAUGGAGCUAGGGAGCCGAUCCUUGUUUCCCCGAGAGUCGACCUUCGUGACUGAAUGUUUCACAAUAUUAUAAAACUAGAAACGCAAACGGCGAGGCAGAAUUACAGAUGAAACAUGAGCAAGAUGAGUUUCUGUGUGUCUUCACUUGAAGAAAAUCUAGCAGUAGCGCUCGUACUAGCCGUCAGAAUAGCUUUGAAAUUCACACACUCCUCGUGGUCCUCGUCCGCCAAGUAACAAAGACGUCCCUUGGCGCCCAACAGCACCCACCAAAAGCAACAUGUUCUCCGCCCUGUUCGGUUCCUCCAAGCCUCCCCGCGCGACGUCCGACAACCCCGACCCGCCGGUCAGCAAGGGGUUUUUCGGGACGCACUACGGCCCCCGGGAGAAAUUCACGAAAGCGGAGAUCAAGAAACUGAACCGGCACUACGCGAAGCGCAUCAACAAACGGGAUCUGUCCUACCAGGAAUUCGUCAACCUCCCGGAUUGGAACCAAAAUCCGUUAGUUCCCCGGGCCUUGGAGGUUUUGAACAAGGACGUGCGGAAUUCCACCGAUUUGUCGAAAUCGCCGCUGCUACACCUAUAUGCAGUUCAAAAGUAUCGUACUAGGUGUAGUACAAGUACAACUUGCAUGACAAGUUUUCUGAAUACAGAAGAAGAGCCAAAGAAAUUAGUCAUGCACAUUCGAGUUGUCAGAAAGCAGAUCUGUCAUGCAGUGGUGCAAUCACUACGAUCGAGUGCGGUGUUUUUGCAAUGCAUAACCUGCAGGAUUUCAUCAACGUCUACGAAAAGUUAAGAAACUACCAGACGCAGGAAGACAAAAUGAAAUUCGCCUUUCAGUUGCUGGACUACGAUGAGGACGGAGGUACUUGUUUCUACUUCUACGUUAUUGUUAUGUCGGAACGCAGGACCACAUCAAGCAGUUAGUGUCAUGCAGAUUGUAAAUCGUAAUCAGAUGGAUGACACCUGCACUCUAGUAUCAUGCGUCGUCUUCUUUCUAGUACCACUUUAUUCUGCUCAACACAUCACAAUCAUAAAUCAGGUAUCAGCGAGUCCGAUCUGACUCAUUUCUACGUCUCCGUGACCGGUCUCUCCGAGGACGCAGCACGGUACCACGCGCGAGAUUUGUUGGACGGGCGGAGUUUCUUGUCCGAAGAUGACUUCAACGCGAGCAUACCGCUGAUUCAGUUCUGCGCCAGGUUUGAUUUACCGCAGCCGGCGGGAUGAUUUUCUACAGCGGGGAAAUGGAGGGAAGCGAAACAGAAGAGGAACAAACUCCAGUCGGGAGGAGGAAGCUAGUACUUAACCGCAUUAUAACCAGUCGGGAUGUUGGAAACCGCGGCGAGAAAGGUGGAGGCCAGAGGACGGCCUCCCGAAUCCAGUACUGCCAGCAGGUACAGGGGGUGAUGAACUCCAGCGAACAGUAUUCCUCCGUUUUAUUUCGAGUGGAGAAAUUGAAACUACAACUACAAAACUACAACUUACGGAUGAACGAGGAACCCGAGCCGCGUUGUAGCAACUCGAGCUUGAAGGUCUACCAGGGCGGCGGGUGGAAAUGCAACGAGACUGAGGAAGCCCGACACGAAGCUGGCGUCGAGAGGACGGGUGAACUGGCGAGACGAUGCGGAGAAAAAAACCGGCCGCGCAACGAGGAUCACCAAAGGGGGGAGGAGUUUGUGGCGGGGUAGGAGUUCUUGUUGAAGAAGUAUUAUACUGCAUCGUAGAGCUGCACGAGGUGAUGGGAACUGUCACGACGGUUUCCGUUGAAUAAGUACAAAUAUACUAAAAGUUGAUGACAAACGAGUGCUGACAGGAUACAGAAUGGGAUGGCAAGGAACUGUUUCUGUGUGCACAGUGAACUCUUUUUGCUUUGAAAACAUAUAGACGAGUUUGGUGAGGGGCUGGACCAGUCCGUGACAACUUGACAAAAAGUUAGUUCUCCACGGUCGUG